CUUGAUAAGAACGACAGACCCUAACGUCAUGAAAGUGGAGGUUGAUAAACUCACCGCCCAUGGAGGUGGAGACCCACCAGAAAUGUGCCUAUCAGGACUGCAGUUGGCACUGACCGGUGCCCCAGCAUCAUCCCACAUCUACGUUUUCACUGAUGCUGCUGCGAAGGACUGUUCACUAAAGGACACCAUCGUCGCCCUGAUCAGAAGCACCAAGUCAACGGUGUCUUUCUUCAUAACUAAUGGCGGAGCUAGCCGCAGGAGGAGGAGGCGUUCAGUUGACAUGUUUGACAUCUACAAGGAUCUGGCCCUGGCGUCUGGAGGUCAGGCUAUUCGGGUCAGGAAGGCCAACUUGCCUCAGGCCACUGGCAUUAUUGCUGACUCAUCCACCUCCGCUCUGGUGACAGUGCUACAGCGAGCAAGGAACCCGGGCAAACCUGAGACGUUCUCCUUCCAGCUGGAUGAGUCUCUGACCAACAUCACCAUCUACAUCACUGGAAAAAGCCUCACCUUCACCCUCAAGAACCCGGCAGGCGUCACUCAGACAGAGAUUGAGGCCAGUGGGAAACUGGGGACCGUCCAGAAAGUGGGAAACCUCUACCGGAUACGCCUGGCCUCCAACAAACAGACAGGAUUAUGGGAAAUCAACAUGAACUCCAACCAGCCCUACACACUGAAGAUCACGGGUCAGAGUACCAUUGCCUUUAUUUAUGACUUUGUGGAAUCCUUUGGAGGGCCUCAUCCAGGAUACGCCCCGAUAUCUGGCCGUCCAGAAUCAGGUGUUCCUGCAAUUCUGUUGGUGUCAGUGUUGGGCAGGAAGGGACCAGCCUCGGUCAAGGUGUCUGAUGUUGUCUUGGUGACAGUGUCAGGAUCAGAGAUCAUUGGUGGGACCUUGGAAGAUGUGGGCAAUGGAGACUUCCUGGUUACUGUAACCAAGGUCCCUGCUGGCGAAUUUGUGGUUCUAGUGAAUGGGACUGACCUGGUGUCCACCACUUUGUUCCAGAGACAGUCCACCACUCAGAUGUCCGUUUCCAGUGUUACCAUCAGGGCUGUGGUGGACAGAACCAUGGAGCCUGGUAAGGCCUUCACUCUUCCAUUCGUUGUCAUGACAAACAGCACAGGAGGCACUUACAAAAUCAAUGCCAGGAAUGACAAAGACUUCACUAUGAACUACCCCACCAGCAUCAUGGUGGCGACCGGAGGAAACGCCACCGCUAAUCUGACCAUCACAGCACCCGCCAACACUGAGUCAGGGACGGACAUCACCCUGACCGUCGAGGCCGUGGCCCCGGGAUCUGUUGACUCCAACUACGUGGUCCUGCGCCUCUCUGUCGUCACCAAGGUGACAGAUUUCACUCCUCCUCAGUGUGAGGUGGUCAACGUUUCCGCGGUUGACUGUCCGGCCGACCCAGUGUUCUGCAACGCCUCCUUCUGGCAGCUCUCUGCCAACCUGACCGACGGUGUCAACGGCACGGGCAUCGCCACCCUCAAAAGCCACCAGGGCGUCGGCAGCCUCACCCACACCGACCUGAAGCAGAUGUUUGUCGCAGCGUAUUUCAACGCAUCCUGCUGCUCUCCGACGGUGGAGCUGGUGGCGGUGGACAACGCCAUGAAUGUCGGCGUCUGUCUGUACUCCAUCGUCCGUUCCUCCGUCCCGCCCUCCCUCACCCUUACUCUGCCGUUAUGGGCGUGUCUUCUGGUCUCCGCCCUCUUCAGUGAACCCUUCAGGGGCCUACUAAUCUGAUCCGAGGGGUCGCGUUCUGCCCGCCAGCCCAACACUGAUUUAUGUGAAAUGUAAUGUUCCAGACUGACUACAUUAUCCUGCGCGUUGCACCUAGCACAGAAACACAUGACACCAC